CGGCUAACUCUUCGGCCCUUCCAAACAGUGGAAGUCGGUGUGACCGAGCCGUCCAAAGGCACUUCAGCCGCCACGUUGCCGUCCGCCGGCCCAUCACCCAGCGCCGCUUAGACCUAGAGCACGCGCGGCCGCGCUGGCUGCGCGAAUGCAUGGCGGAGGCCACGGGGGUCUUCUUCUACGUCCUGCCUGGCAUUGCGUCCGUGGCCAAUUUCACGCUGUCGUCGGCCUCGCCCACGCUCGUGCCGCUCGGUGUCGCGACGUUUUCCUCGCUCUUCCAGAUCGGCUGGGCCUUCGCGCUCGGCAUCGCCUUCGCUAUCAUCACCUGCGCGCCCACGUCCGGAGGCCACUUCAACCCGGCCAUAACCCUGUCCCUCGCGAUCUGGCAGGGCUUCCCCUGGCGCAAGGUUCCCUACUACAUCUUCAGCCAGAUCUUCGGCGCCUUCGUGGCUGGGCUGGUGCUCAUGGGCAUGUACUGGACGCAGAUCUCGGAGAUGAAGGCAGCGUUCAUCGAGGCCGGCAAGCCGCUCGUGGCGAACGGCGCGCCGGCCAGCAUCCUGUGCUCGUUCCCGAACCCGGACCAGACCAACCUGGGCUACGUCUUCCUGAUCGAGUUCUUCGUCGACGCGUUCCUGGCCGUCGUGAUCUGGGCGUGCCUCGACCCGGCCAACCCGUUCGUCAGCCCCGCGGGCGCGCCCUUCGCCAUCGGCCUCGCCUACGGCGUCAUGGUCUGGGGCUUCGCCAACGUCACCAUCAGCACGAACCUGGCGCGUGACCUGGGCACCCGCAUCGUGGCCGCCAUCUUCUUCGGCCGCGAGGCGUUCUCGUACAUGACCUACUCGCCCAUCAGCAUCCUGGUCAACAUCCCGGCGACGCUCUUCGCCACCGCGUACUACGAGAUCGUGCUCAAGGACAGCUUCAUGAUCAUCGCCAAGGGCCACGCGCAGCACCGCGACGGCGACACCGGGCUCGUGCGCCACCUGAGUAAGGUCGGGAUGAUCGAAAACGAUGAGCCGGGGACGGAUGGCGGCGCGGCGCAAACAUCGGCGAUGAGCUCGGAUGGGGUGCCCGUGAAGCGGUAGGUCAUGUGGGAUAUUGGUCUCUGGUGUCCGUGACGGGUGUUGGCUGCAGCAAACUUGUGAUGCAUACGAACGGGGCAUUGUUGAUGAAGGCUAGUUCUGUUAAACCUGCUAUGACAGAGGGGGCAUGGCACAUGUAAAGAGUGUUGGAUAACUGCUAUUGUGGUGGUUGUGGGUUGGCUCUCCCAAGCGGCCUACCCUGCGCCUCUCCUACCCUGCACCGCUCCCAACCAACCAACCUAUGUGAAUUCCUUCGAGCUAGCGCCUUA